UGAUGAUGUCAUAGGCUCCAUUCCCCAAAUUCCACAGUUAGGUUUGAUUUUGUGAUCUGAACACUUCAAGACAAACGUCAGACAAAAAAACUAAGAAAAACAGUCACAAAACUCAAGAUGAGUGAAGAAGGCCAGCCGCCAUACAAGUCGAGCUCAGUGUAUAAUGAACUCCGUUUGGAGGGACAAUUUUGUGAUGCAAUCAUCAAAGUGGAGGAUGUUGAAUUUCCGGUCCACAGGAUCAUCCUGUGUAACUGUACACCGUACUUCAGGGCUCUUUUCACCCACUGCAGCAACCCAGACAAACAGGUCUUCAACAUACCUGGCUUGUCUCCUGAGAUGAUGGCACUCAUCAUUGACUUUGCAUACACCGGCUCAGUUUCCAUAACGGGGGAAAAUGUAGUGGAACUUCUCAUGGCAGCUGAUCAACUCAAUGCAAUGGACAUUGUGAAACUCUGCUCUGACUUCCUCGGGGAGCAACUGUGCCCAGAGAACUGCGUUGGCAUUUGGCAGUUCACAAAAAUAUGCUUAUCACCCGAACUACGCGCCAAGGCCUACCACUACAUCAUCAAUAACUUUGAGAAGGUUGUUCUUGAGGAGGAGUUCCUGCAGCUAACCGUGGAGGAACUUGCUGACAUCUUUGAUAGAGAGGACCUCAAUGUGCAGUUGGAGACCACUGUGUAUGAAGCACUUACAAAGUGGAUUAGCCAUGUACCUGCAGAACGGGAACAACACCUCACCGCUCUGUUGUCCAAGGUCCGACUGGGAGUGAUGACUGCAGACUACCUAACGGACAAUGUGCUGUCUAGUGAGCUGGUGGAGGCCAAUUCUGAGUGCAUGUCCAUGAUACGUAAUGCCAUCUUUGACAUACAUGAUCUAGGAAGCAGACCCUUCAUGUCUGGCUUGUGUCACCCUCUUGCUCGUCCCCGCCUGCCUCAUUCCAUCCUGCUGGCCAUUGGGGGGUGGAGUGGUGGUGAUCCAACUAACGGCAUCGAGGCCUACGAUUACCGGGCUAACCGCUGGGUCAACGUAACGAACCUUAACAACCAGAUUUACAUUUGUGGUGGAUUCAAUGGCAACGAGUGUCUGCAGACAGCUGAAUAUUACAACCCAGAGAGCAACCAGUGGACAAUAAUCAGUCCCAUGAACAGCCGCCGCAGCGGGAUAGGUGUCAUUGCAUAUGCGGAUCAUGUCUUUGCAGUUGGUGGCUUCGAUGGAAACAACCGUCUGCGCACCGCUGAGGCUUACAACCCGCAUACCAAUACGUGGAACCUCGUAUCCUCCAUGCUGACCCCCCGCAGCAACUUUGGCAUUGAGGUAAUUGACGAUCGCCUCUUUGCCGUCGGGGGUUUCAACGGCUUCACCACCACUUUGAACGUCGAGUACUACGACGCUUUAACCAAUGAGUGGUAUGAGGCGUGCGACAUGGAGAUUUUCCGCAGCGCCUUGAGCUGCUGUGUGGUGUCUGGACUUUCCAACCUGACUGAGUACACCUUUCCUCGUGACUUCCUGCCACUUGCAAAUGUGCCAGAAGAAGCAAUGGAGUCAGCAGAGUCCACGUAACAUCUUUAAAGUGCAGUACUGCCAUGUGUCAACAUCUGAGACUCCAACAUGAAGGACUGAAAUAAAUCUUUAGAGCAUUAAA